AUGAGCAAGCGCAAGAGAGAGUCAUCUUCUUCUGUGGACUCUUUGUUCCUUAAUGCGCAAUCGACUCCUUUGACUCACAACCCUCAUAAAUUGAAUCUCUCACAUAAUAGCUUUAAUUUUCACCCAGGCAAAAUAACGAAAUCUUUCAGCACCAAUACAAUAAGUUUCAACAAUAAUCAUGGUAUCAGCAGAAGUAGCAGUAAUAUAGAAAUGGAUGUGGAUGUGCCUUUAUGGAGACCGAAACCACCAAAGCAUAAUACGCCAUUCAGUACCAACAAACAAGUUCAUAAUUCUGUGUCAUCAAGCUCUAUCGAAUCUUCAUUAUCGUUACUCCAACAUUCAACAACAAGUUCAGUAGAAAGUUUAUCGCUGUCUUUAAAUUAUAUGCCAAAUGAAAUGUCAACGCCUAAUAACUCUUUCAAAUUUGUUAAACCUUUACAAACGGCUUUCAAUUCUUCGGGCAUUCUUUCUAAAAAGAAUAACUGCAGAGGCCAGAAUGUUUUGCAGUCGCCAAUGGUAUUUAAUCAGAAUGGUAUUCUUAUUGAAAAGAAAUCAAGUUUAGCGUUUCCUGACACCCCUUGCAAAUCGGCCAAUGCUUCAUCCUUUGAUUACUCUUUAUCUGCCAGUAAUGACAGUAACUUGUUGGGAUACCUGAAAAGAACAGCUCGUCAGCUAUUGGCUGAAUUCAAGUCUGCCAAAAAUCAAGAUAGGACUUUUAAAGAUCAGAAUAAUGGAGAUGAUAAUGAUGGGUUGUUCAAUCUAAAUAAAAAAUUCAAUCGUGAGUUCAGUAAUAGAGGGAAAAACAGUAAGAAUAUCUCGAUAUCAGUGAUGGCCAAACUAUCGCCGUCUCGUUUUGCAACCCAGUCUCCAUUAUCAAGAGAAAUUUUCGAUGAAUAUCACUCUCCGGUUAUGUCAAAGUUUUCCAACAGAAAAUUGAGAAAAAAUGAAGGAUUGAAACCAGUUACUUUGGAUGCAAAUAUCAACGACCAUUCAGGUAAAUCAAGUACUGAGCUCAAAUCAAAUUCAAGAAAAUUGAAAUUGUCGAUCAAUAAUAGUAAUCUACAGUCUUCUAAGUUUUCGUCUUUGGGAACUCCUACCACCCCAGUAUUCACAGACCCAGAGAUGUUGACCAGUAGAAAUACAUUUCUAGCCCAGAGCUUUAAUAACCAAAUCAAAUUAUUGGGCAAAGGAGAAUUCUCUAAAGUAUACAAAAUAUCCUUCAAUCUGAAUUUUUAUGCCAUUAAGCAGCUUGUUAAUAACAAAAAGAAUGUGUCCUUCUCAAAUAGGAAUCAUAACACUGGUAACCUCAUUAAUACCGUCUUGAAUAACGAUGAGAUAUCCAAGCACUUGGGAAUAAUGAGUAACAACAAAGUUCCCUUUAGUGAUGAAGUUGAAAUCUUGAAUUUUAUAAAAAUACAAUCCCGUAACAACAUCAAUGAGAAUGCCAAACAUGUUAUAAACUAUGUUGAUUUCUUCCAUUUUGAUAAUAAUGAUUAUAUCAUUACCCAAUUUUAUGGAAAUGGUUCCUUGGAUCAAUUCUUAUUGGGUCAUGGCGUCAGCAAUAGAUUGGAUGAAUUUCGAAUUUGGAAAAUAUUGUUGGAACUAACCAAAGGUUUGAGCUUCUUGCAUGAUAAUAAUUUAUUACACUUGGAUAUCAAACCAGCGAAUGUUUUUAUUUCCGAUGAAGGCUACUUGAAAAUUGGAGACUUUGGUUUAUCGACUUUCAAAACUACCUCAUUCGGAGAAGAUAAUACAAGACUGUUAAAAAUAGAUAAGGAAGGCGACCGUGAAUAUAUCGCUCCAGAAAUUCUUGCAAAUGGAACUUACGAUACUUCAGCUGACAUUUUUUCUUUGGGCUUGGUGAUUGUCGAAAUUGCCGCAAACAUAUACUUACCUGAUAAUGGUAUCUCAUGGCAAAAACUCAGAAAUGGUGAUCUUUCUGACGCUGGUAACUUGUCAACUUUGGUGGAUUCCAGUCUUAUGACUGUUGGAGAAAUUUCGUCAGGUGAUCAUAUUUCCCAGGAUCAUGAAGCUGGGUUCGUUAAUGAUGGAAAGACUUUGGAUCUCUUGGUUCACUGGAUGAUUGAACCUGAUUACAAGAAGAGACCUAGUGUGAAUGAAUUAGUGGAUCUAUAUGAAUUAUCUCUUAUCAAUUAUAUUAGGAAAAAGCCAGCUAUUAUUUAUGAGCCUGAGUUUGAUAAAUCACAUACCAAUUCUGAAACUGGUAGAGCUAUUCCUAUGGAUAAUCAUGAUUUCAAUGAGAUUAUUAUAGAGGAAACAUUAUAUAAUUGUCCUGAUCCGCUGAGACACAAAACCGUCAGUGACUUAUAUUCGCAAGGCUUGUGA